ACUCGAUUUCACUGCUUCGAGAGAACUCGCGCCUUUUCUCUGCUUUCCAUUUCCCCGGUCGAGAUUCCGAUGGCGCCCAAGGCCGAGAAGAAACCAGCGGAGAAGAAGCCCGCCGAGAAGCCGGCGGAGGAGAAGGAGAAGAAGGCGGAGAAGGCCCCCGCGGAGAAGAAGCCCAAGGCUGAGAAGCGCCUCCCCUCCAAGGACGGCGCCUCCGCCGACAAGAAGAGGAAGAAGAAGGCCAAGAAGGGGACUGAGACCUACAAGAUCUACAUCUUCAAGGUGCUCAAGCAGGUGCAUCCCGACAUCGGUAUCUCCAGCAAGGCCAUGUCCAUCAUGAACUCCUUCAUCAACGACAUCUUCGAGAAGCUCGCCCAGGAGGCCUCCCGCCUCGCCCGCUACAACAAGAAGCCAACUAUCACGUCCCGCGAGAUCCAGACCUCCGUCCGCUUGGUCCUCCCGGGUGAGCUCGCCAAGCACGCCGUGUCCGAGGGGACCAAGGCGGUCACCAAGUUCACCAGCUCUUGAUCGAUCCACGAUGGUCGUUCUGGGUUUCAUCUCUUAAGCUAUCUUUCCCUAGGUUUUGGCAUGUGUGACUUGGUUUACAUUGUAAUAUAAGUAGCAUGUCUGUUGUAACAUGUUGGCUUCUGAUUUGGAAGGAAAGGAGUAACUUUUUCUAGUUCUUGUUUA